GAACACCAACUCUGAAAAGCAUCUCUGUUAUAUCACCAACUCUAUUAUAUCACCGUCUUUACAAAGAUGAACUGGAAUCUGCAUCGAAAGAAUACAGAAUGGGAGAUGAUGCAACAAUCAAAGAGGUUUUGUAAAGAAAUGUCGACUCGGAUAAUUAGAAUCAACUAUGCUGGUGACGGUGACAUGGAAGCUGCUGCCGGUGAUGAAGCGAUUGCCGUCAAUGAUGCAGAGACGGCCCUUGCCGGUGAUGAAGCAGCCACCACCGGGAUCAAGCCCCUGAGAGUAGAGAUCACCUCUAUUUCGCCUGUCAAUACUCUUAUUCAAUUCGGACCUGCCUUACUUCGAGAAUUGCUGGAACUACCUUUUCCUCGAUUGGAACAGCUUACUAGAUGGCCUUAUCUUUUUCUCUGGGCACUCGACAACUCGGUCCGUAACUGGGCUGGCCGGCAACGUGUGUUGAGUAAGGUUAACCGUAAAAACGGCUGGAGGGUAAGAAAGGUUACUGCUGCGAUCUGCUGCUUUGCGAGAGCUGGUGAAGCAAAUACUCAUACGCUUGCAAUCUCGCUGAAGAAAGAUGUGCUCAUGAUCGAUCUAGAGAGUGCUGAGAGGCCAAAGGAAGGAGGAAAAGCGAUCCCACUCAAGCUCACACGUUUACGCAGCAAACGCAGUAGAUACGAGGAAUCAGCUCCACUUCAUCGGGAUCGCGGAAUAAGGAUUCGUGAUGGGAUAAGUGGCCACCACAACCUUCUUCAUGACCGCAACCUUGCCUCCACUAUCAAGAACGGUGCUCUCUCCUGUCAAGCAAUGGACGCUGCUGCCAAAGAGUGUCAUGAUGUCUACAAACUUGUAGAGCUUAUAGCAUGAUUGUGACGAAUUUCGAGGUUUUAUGAAACUUUAUUUUCAAUAAUGGGAUGAAAGAUUA